GUGGAAGAAGACGAGCUCAUUUUUCCAGCCUGUUCUCAUCUAAAGAAAACACGCAGACAGACUGAGCGGGAGGAGAGUCGCCUCUACCUGCAGCCUGUGGGCGCCCUCAAUUAUUUCACCAACUUCUUCAUCAGCGCGUCAGCUCAGAGCGCUCCUCAUCUCACUGCGCAGCGGCUUUUUCUUACCUCCGCUGCGCGUCUCUUCCUCUUCUUGCCUCACAGAAGUGGAACUGUGACAGAAUCUGCAACUUAAGAGUUGGAUCAUUUCCGUGCGCAGUCUGGAGUGUUUUCCUUACAGACCACAUUGAAACCAUGUAAUUGCGCUGUGACAGACAAAGCAAUGCGAUAAUGAAGAGGUUAACCACACCUUUGAGUGCGGACAUCACUUCUCUGGCCACUUGACCGGCUUUGCUGAGCAUUAAAAUGCGCCCCAGUGAAGAGGAGUUGGACUUUUGCGCACUCCUUGACGGACACUUUCCAGAGAGCGUUGACUGAUCCGCGCCGUCAUAGAAAAAAAAACAAACAAAACAAACAAACAAAAAUCAGUCGGACCUCCUAUGAUUCUAAGAAAUAAUCACAGUCGCUGUUGGCUGAGGUCGUUAUAUUAAAGUUUGGCGAAGGGAAAAAUCUCCUUGCGGAAUUGCAGCGGUCAACAUGACGGUUCGCCUCUCAAGGAUCCAGCUGGCCCUGUUCUUUAUCUUGCUCUGUCCGGUCAACAUCAUUGGACUGUGGUGGGCAGUGGGAAGUCCCUUGGUCAUGGAUCCCAACAGCAUUUGCAGGAAGGCAAAGCGCCUAGCUGGAAAGCAGGCUGAGUUGUGCCAAACUCAACCAGAAAUCGUCAGCGAGGUGGCCAAAGGAGCAAGGCUGGGUGUCAGAGAGUGUCAGUACCAGUUCAGGUACCGGCGGUGGAACUGCACAAGUCACAACAAAUACUUUGGCAAAGUACUUCAGCAAGAUAUCCGGGAGACGGCAUUUGUCUACGCUAUCACAGCAGCAGGGGUUACACAUGCUGUGACCCAAGCCUGCAGCAUGGGAGAGCUUCUGCAGUGUGGAUGUGAAGCGACCAGAAACAAAGCUCCCCCAAGGCCGCCUUCAUCAACUUCAUCCGGGGAUGGGGUUAAAUGGGAGUGGGGAGGUUGUGGUGAUGAUGUAGAGUUUGGUUAUGAAAUGUCCAAAAAGUUCAUGGAUGCCAAAAAAAGGAGAGGGAAAAGUGAUAUCAGGACACUCAUUAACCUUCACAACAACGAGGCCGGGAGGCUGGCUGUGAAGCUUCACAUGAGGACUGAAUGCAAGUGCCAUGGACUGUCAGGCUCUUGCACCUUGCGCACAUGCUGGAAAAAGAUGCCUCAUUUCCGUGAAGUUGGUGAACGCCUGCUGGAGCGUUUCAAUGGAGCUUCCAAGGUGAUGGGUGGCAACGAUGGGAAGACCCUGAUACCUGUCGGCCAGAACAUAAAGCCGCCGGACAAGCAGGAUCUGAUAUACUCUGAUGAGUCUCCAGACUUUUGCCUCGCAAAUCGGAAAACUGGCUCGCUGGGAACGCGGGGGCGGAUGUGCAACAGCACCGCCAUGGACAUCAGUGGCUGUGACUUGCUGUGCUGUGAGCGAGGCUACAGAGAGGAGACGGUGGUGUUUGAGGAGAACUGCUUGUGUCGUUUUCAUUGGUGUUGUGUUGUGCAGUGUAAAAAGUGUAUGGUGAGAAAGGAACUUAGUCUGUGUCACUGAUGAAUUGAUUUAAAGAGUACUCAUAUAUUUUAAUUAUAACCACUUCUGUUUCUUUUUAGUUUCUUGCUUUUGUUUUGUUGAUGUUAAAGAAGGAAAGGAUGUAAAUCUCAUUGGUUAUCCAUUUUAUGUUUGUCUUUUGACUCACUUUACAUCUUUAAUUUUAAAGUUCAGACGUUAUUGUUUGGUUCCUAUGAAUUUUGGACAAAUAGCCAAAAGAUCCAAACUACCUAAACGACCUAUUUUUUUAGUUAUGGUUUGACAAUGGACCAAAGAAUGUUCCUUUUCCUUAAAUAAGAGAAUUAAUGCACAGAGCAUCCAUUAUUUUACUAGCUAGGGACGUUUUAUUCAUAAGUCUCUCUCCACCGUAUUUUUAACAGAGCUUCGAGUAGCUCGCACAUCAAAGAGGUGUCUGGAUCAGUAAAGUGAUUUGUCUGAUGUGUUCACUACCUGCUGGCAAUAACCACAUUGGGUAUGAUAUAAACUUGUGAGGUUGUAGAGAGUUUUUUGUACUGUUAUUUAAGUUUCCUCAUAGACAUUGUGGUCUAUCUUCAGUAUGCUGUAGGAUAAUAAAAAUACAAAGCAUUGAGUACACUGAUGUCAAUAUUCAAUUAUUUUGUUUUAUACUGAUAUGUGUGUUAAUGGAAUUCCUGGUAUCUAGCAUUGCUUUUCAUUUUUUGUCUUCUGUAUAUCACAUGUAACAAGAGAAGCUCUGAUUUGGUAAUUAACAGCAACACUUUCAAAGGUGGUCGUUCCCCAUAGAUAUUUAAAAAUAUGAUCAAAGUAGAAAUUGUGAAUUCAGAUUUAUUACAGGGAUAUAAUGUGAUGGACCAACAAAAACCAGCACAUCUUUGUAAAAAGGAAGAUAAUGAUAAUUUUCUAUUCUUUUACAAAUACAACUGUGAUCCACAUUUCUUUUCAUCCUUGUUUGCUCUGAUUUAUCUAAAGAUAAUUUUCACCAAUUCCAUCAACAUAUUUGCAUCAACCAUGAAUUCAUGGCACAGAUGAGGAUUACAUUAAACUGUAAAGUAGCUAAGAGGUUGAUGUUAACUCUUGAGGAGCUGCAAAAAUCCAAAGUUCUGCAUGGAAACUGUCAACAGUACAACUGGCCGAUGUGCACUUCAUAAAAAAAUAUAAAAGUAGUAAGAUUACUGUGAGUGUAAAGCCAUAAGACACGCAAGAGUUCAUGUUUUUGUUUUGCCACAAAUCCUAUACAGAAUCUUCUUCUACAAACAUAUGGUAAAUGGUACUUUUUUAGACGAGGCCUGAAUUAAAUAUUUUGUUCCAUAUGCAAUAUGGAGAAGUAGUACUGCACAUCACCAUGAAUAUCAAGGCAAUGUUAUAACAUGUAGGUGGCCACAUUAUGCUGUUAAGAUACUUUUCUUAACUACUGUAGGAGCAGGUAUGAGAUGAUGGAUGAGUGGACUCCCAACUAACUUUAGGAUAUUGGAGAAAGUUUGCCUUCUUAUUUGACAACAACCAUGUUUUAUAUACCGGUAUGUUAGAAUGCCCCAGUCAGCACCAGACCUUAACCUUAAUUCAAAUCUUUGCUUGCACUUUGCAGUUCAGGUUUACUGGUCUAAGUAAGAUCUUUAGCCAAUACGAAUAAUACAGAAUCUCAGCCUCCAGAUGUGCAAAGCAGGUAGAGCAAUACCCCGAAACCUCCAUACAUUAGGCUGGUACUGCAAUAUAAGACAAGAGUACUGUACUACAGGAAUUUAAUGAAGUCAGAAUACAUCCACUUACCUUUGGUUUAGGUUUCUUAUCCAAUAACGGAAUGACUGGGGUUAGGCCUCAUAGGAGGAGAUAAACUGAGGGUUUCAAUUAGAGUUAAAUUAGAGUUAGGUAUUAAGUCCACUGUCCUUACUUUAAAAUGGUGUGUAAACGUCUUUAUGUCUGCAAAAAGUUCAUUGUAAAAAAAUAUAGACAAUCAAAAAUAGAAGUAUUCAAUCAUUUCUACAAACAACAGUCAGAAGUCAUUUAUGUAAAUGAGAUUAAAAUUAUUACACUUAUAAUUGUUUUAGGUUUGUAAAUUUAAAUAAUAAAAAAAACAUUUAAAAUUUCAGCUAAAUUAUCCAACGUCCACUAUGGAUUGUAAAAAUGGCAGUGCCCUACCCUAGCAGUAGGAUUCCUCUUGUAAAAAUGGAUCUUAAAAGUAUUGAUUUCGGCCAUAUGCAUGUAAAUCUUUAGAUUUUCCUUUGUAAAAUGAUGUAAAGCUCAAAUGUACCAACCAACACUUACUUUUAACAUAUCUUUGGAUGAUAUAUUUAUAUUUUGAUGAUAUAUAUUUUUCGUGGCAAAAAGAAAAAAGGAGGGACCAAUUCUAAAUGACCAAGUAAGUAUUUGAAGGGCUUUUUUUUUGCAUCAGAAAAAAUUUCAUAUACAGUAUAUAUAUGUUUUCAUUUAAUAUGCUAUAGAGAACUAUUAAAAUAAUGCACUUUGGUUGUUAGUUUUUUUCAGACUCUGCAUAAUUUACAUGUGUUUGUGUGUAUCUGUACCAGACAACUAGCAAUUAUUAUAUAAGCUGCCUAGUUAUCAGCAUUUUCCUCUGUGUAGAUAUAGUAUAUGUGAUAUUCACUAAAAGUACACCUCCCAUUUGGAAUAAGACACUAGCUGCUUUUCAUUUCCUACGGGCGGUUUUCACAUAUGCAUAUUAUGUCAUCUCACUAAAAGCGUUCAAAGUUUGUUACAGAGUAUUUACACAGUGUGAUGUAGACUGAACCCUUAAAGUGUUUCAUAAAGGGUUCUUGUGUCUAAGAGUUGGAGUUUCACCUUAUUUUCCCAAGAAUUCUUCUGUCAUCUCUGUGUGUUUUUUGCAUUGGUUGUGUGUUAUGAUUCGUUUCUAGACAAAGGUUCAGAGGUACCUACAGUAGUAGCCUUUAGAAUAACAUAUACACUAUUUUGUUGGGCCAAAAUUGAAAAUCUUU